UCAACGACGAAAACACGUUGAAGAGCUCUGAAAAGUGGUCGAAGAACUUGGGAAGGGUGGCGGGAGGAGAAGAGAGCGAGACUGAAUUGAUUGCCGUAAUUUCUUUGAAAUAACACCACAUUGAAGCGUCGGGCUGGUAAGUGGAAAUAGAGGGCUUGUACUGAGUUUAAAACUACUGUAAACGGAAAGUGGAGCGUGCGUCUUUUCACAGAAAAGGAUUUUUUCUUGAGGCUUGGUCAUUGCAAUCGACACCUCGCUGAAGUGCGAACAGCUGUGAAGGAGUUGGGACAGUUUCGAUUCGAGAGCUUGGUGAACGCUGGCUGAAGAAGAAAAAGAUUUGGCUAAUUGUCAACAAUAUAUUUCUGCGUGUUUUCACGACGCGAGUCUUAAAUUGUGUUAAACGUGCAUUUUAUGCGAGCAAGCUUGAGAGGAUAGGUGAAGCUCUCAUUUACAUACGGUGAACUUGAUAUGAAUAUUUUAUAAGCAAAACAUCCUUACAGAUAGCGAAGUUGAGAUGGCCUCAAAACAAAGCGAACACCAAAGCCCCUUCAAAAAGAGAUUCACCAGCCCCCUUGGAAAUCAGAAAUACGUCACGAAGAAUAUUUCUCCGCGCUUCAAAGCAAAUUUGAAAGAUUUUCGUUCUUUUGGUCCGGGAAAACAGAGCAAGCAAAGAGAUCUGGGACCCACCCAUGGGAAACCUUGGAGAAAACCCCAGGAGAGAGGGUGUAGGGCAAAAGCUGUCAGGUUUCAUUGUGGAGGAAAUAGUGAAGAUCCACUGAAUUUGAAUAGUCUGAUAGAUCGCGACCCGUCUGUUGUCACACCACAAGCAUCUCCUUUAUCUGUGCACAGUGCAUCCCCAGUUGAAGUUGUGGAACCACGAGAUCAAACUGAUCCUCUAAAUCUCAAGCGCUUUCCACCGGACCCAGAGAAGAAGGAAUCACAUUCAACACCUAAGAAGCGUAAAAAGAAGAAGCGACAUCCAAAAAAUCACAAUUCUGAGAAUGAGGUGAAGCCAAAAGAGCAGUCAGGUGUUACUAAUCAGCCUGUUAGUAUGACUUCUGAAGGCAAGAAGAAAAGGAAAAGAAAAAUUCCUAAAAGCGAGGAUGGUUCCCUGGCAAAAAGUGAGAAAGACACAUGUAUAAGUAACUCCGAUCAAAAAGUUGUUAAGUCAUCAGAUGGUAAAGAUGACUUAAUCAAUGAAGAAGAACUUGAACCAUGCCCCAAGAAGAAAGUGCGUACUGCUUCGGAGGCAAUAGAAGAUUUGAAAACUGAAGACAGCCAAAAUAACAAAAUGGAGGCUUCUUCUUCAGUAGCCGAAAAUAAAGGAAUCUUGGAGACAAAAAGAGACAGAGGCUCACAGAAACAAAAACAUUUUAAGAAAGGCAAAGAUCACUCAGCUGGAAAAAAAGGAAAGAAAGAAAAACUUUUUAUUUAUGGUAACUAUAACAGGUAUUAUGGUUAUAGAAACCCACAGGCCACCCAAGACUUGCGACUGAAGUGUUUUAGGAAAGAGUGGUUUGCUGGAAAAGAUGUACUGGACUUGGGAUGUAAUGUGGGUCAUGUGACUCUGACAAUAGCUCGUGACUUUAGUCCACAUGUCAUUAUGGGAAUUGACAUCGACACCAGUUUAAUAAAGGCAGCAAAGAAUAAUAUACGGUAUUAUGUGAAAGGUCGUCUUGCCGAGCCUGGGACUUCUGGAGGUGAAAUGGAUUUUCCCAUAUCAUUUUCUGUCACCAGUGGACCUCUUGCUGCUCCUGUUGUUUUGGGGUCAGGUGAAAGUGUUGCCUUUCCACACAACGUCAUAUUCAAGCAGGUAAAAUUGAUACAAAAAAUAUCAUAAAUGUAGAUAGACAUAGACAUAGAUCAAUUAAUUAUCCAUGAAUCAAGGCUAGGAGACGAUGAAAAUUAAGAAUCAACCUAGGUUAAAAAAUUUUAACUGGAAUUUAAUUUUGCCCUGUGACGUAUCCAUAUAUUUUUCUGCUGCCACUUAAUUAAUCUACCUGGUGGGGCUAAAAUGUUUGCGGAAGUUUAUUUUUUAUGGAUUGGCGAUUUUUUGUGUACUUUUGCAGGAACUAAUUUUUGCAAUUGGGACAGAUUGGUUUUUCUUGCAGGUAAUUAAUUUUUGCGAUUUUCAGAAGUACCCAGUACCUAACAUUGACAAUAUUAUCAUUUUUGUUAAGUAGAUGUAAUAGAAAUGCAUAUUUUCAAACAGUACUACGGUAUGCAUACCCAAUGUAAAACCAGUAAUUCAUUGUAUACUGUUUUGGUUCUGAAUGAAGGAGGCAAGUUGUAAUUGAACAGACACAAUUUCUUAGUAGUCUUUUUUUGUGUAGCAAAUUUAAGUUAGAAAGUAUUUACUCUGGAGUAAAUUUUUGUGGGAGCUUCUUUUUGCAGAAUUGCUGGAAAAAUCGCAAAAAUUAGAACCCACCAAAAUUUUGUGCCACACCAUAUAUUCAGUUUUCAUUUAGUUAGUUAGACAACCCUCCAAGUUGCUACCAUUUUAGUCGCCAUGGCGCCUAAAAUUUUGGAACUGGCGCCUUGAUUUGGAGAAUAGUCGCCAAGCUGGCGACCGUGAAGAAUAGGUUCGUGUUGUGGCGUAUAGAAACAGAAAUGGGAAUCACUUCUACUGAAAUAUGAAGAACAUUUCUAGCUGAUUUGAAUUCCAUGAUUUUUUUACUUUUCCGUUGAAAAACAUGCUAAAUUGAAAACUUAAAACAGUCUCAGAGCUAAGCGUUUUGAAAAUGAACAUCAAUGAAACUUGACUUGUAUUCGUUCGCCUAAUAGCCUUCAGUCUGUUGCCUUGCACGUGACAUUUUAACUUUUGACAUGUGACAGAUGGCAUGCAAUCGAAGCGCCUUGCUUGUCGACAGUGACGAUUUCUUCGAUAUCUUAGGAAUGCUUGUCUAGCCAAGUUCGGUGGUUUUUUAACUGGACUACAUAUUAUAAAUAUUUUUGACUCAAUACUGAAACAAUCUAAUAACAUGAAGAGGGAAAGCUAAAUUGGUGCAAAUUCAACACAGAACAUUAUGUGAUAACCGUAACAUGUGAACCGUGCUGCGAGUCGAAUCGCAGUUUUGUAAACAAAUGCGAUAAUUGUAAGCGAAACUAAACAUCGCAAAACUGACAGCUUAUGGUUGUUGCAAAAAAUGUUUUUUAAACACCUGUAGCGAUGAUAAAGGAAAGAGAAAAUUUAUUAUUUCGUAGGCGGCAUUUUUGUUUGGGUUCCUUUCAGUUGAUUGGGAAAAAAAAAUUUUCCCAGUACAACUCGUUGCGAAAUUUUCACGUGUGCGAUGUUAUCUCUGUAAAGCAAUGAUUUCAUUUAGAAAACUUGUCAAUCUUCCUAUACUCUCCUGCCUUUGUCAGGCUUUUGCAAUGUCUAGCGAUAUUAAAAACGACCUUUUAAAUCUCCAAAAAUAUUUGUUAGUUGGGGAAACAAGUUCAUCAUCAACAAAAGUCGCAAAAGAAGUGCGAAACAAAUAUCAGGAAAAAAAUAGGUCGCCUAUCAAGUUGCGACUGGGAAAUUUUGAAAACAUUAACAGAGGAUGAGUUAAGUUCUGCUUUCAUAUACCAACUGGGGAUUAUAUAGUAGGAUUGAAGGCCCUAAAGACAAAUGGAAAUGGUAAUUGUCUUUACAUUUCCGUUUCAGUAUUGAUUCAAGGAGAUAAAUCUACAACCCUUAUUCUCAGACUAUCAGUAACUAAUGCCUUGCACAAUAAACGAGUAAUUUAUAUGACAGUGCUGCAUUUUAAGUUAAACUUGCUAACUGCUUUUGUUAAUGACAAUUUUGAUAUAUUAAGUCAUUAAUAUAAUUUGGCGCCUAAAAAUUUCCCCUGGCGACUAAACCCAAAGAGCUGAUCGCCAAAUGGCCACUGAACAAAAAUUUUAACUUUGAGGGUUGUUAGAAUCUUUUCAAAAAAAAAUUACGGUGAUAACUACCUAAUGCUCUAUUUAUCCUAUGAAAAUGCUUAGGAAAACUAUGUUCCAAGCAGCAGUGAGGUACUUUCCAAACAGAAGCCAAUGUAUGACAUGAUUUUAUGUCUGAGUCUCACCAAGUGGGUUCAUCUGAACUGGGGAGAUGAAGGACUGAAACUCAUGUUCAAGAGAAUUUUUCUGAACCUGCGUCCCGGAGGAAGGCUCAUUCUUGAACCUCAGCCAUUCUCUUCUUACAAGAAGAAGAAGAAUUUAACAGUAAGUGUAUUGAUUUUUUUGCAUAUUAUCUCUCUUUAAAAUGAGUGGAUCGUAUAGUUGGCCACUGAUGAUUCCCUUUUGCACUUGGGCGUCAAGGAAUCCCCCAUCCCAUCCAACAUGUUACCUUUAUCCUGCGAUUCCAACAGUUCUUCCAACUAAUCCCAAUCCCAGAGAGAAAUUUUUUCGUGUUAAAAUGUCAGCAAAAUCAUAAUGGUUUGUUGGGAAAAAAUUGCUUGACUGCAAGUCAAUGUGGUCUCAUCUGGUUCUGUUAACAUUUUUAAGUGCAAGUUGAAGACUUUACUAAUUCUAAAUAUUCAUUUGUGUGUAGAAUUUUUGUUUAUUUUUCCUAUAAUCCUGCAGGUUAAACCAGUUAUUUUCAUAAUUAUUUAAUUUCAAGACUACUACCAUUUGCAACUGUUAAUUGACAACUUCACUUUUAAUGUGCAUCAUAGAUUUCUUUUGUAUUGUUUCAUUUCUUGUGAUUGUCAAAGAAGAAAAAACUUUAUGUAAAGAGCAGUAUUGGAUAGUUGAGAGAUUAGAGCACUCUACCAUUUAUUUCUUCUCAAAACUAUUUCCUUUUUUCCACAGGAAAAGAUCCGCUCCAAUUAUGAUGCUAUAAAGUUCCGCCCAGAGCACUUCAUUGAUUACCUUCUGUCAGACUCAGUUGGAUUUGCUACUUUUGAAGUUCUAGAGACACCACAACACAAAGCAACUGGUAAUUAACCCAUGGAACCCUAUUAUGUACAUAAGAAUUCUCCACAGGGUUUUUAACACAUUACUUAUGGUACCAGUACAGUCGAACAUCCUGUAUGCGACAAUCCAAAAUGUAAAAAUUUAGUGGUUGCUUAUGAGAGGUGGUACAGUGUAAGUGGUUGCUUAUGAGAAUUGAACCACAGGGGUCUCUUCUGAGAAGAGGUCCCUACACAUCUACCAAUACUUUUUUGGCAGAGAAUUUAUUGUGUGCAACUUCUAAUGUUUGUAUAUAUGUCAUUCCAUGUUGUCAAUGAAAUUUCUUCAUAUACUCUGGUGUCAUAGUACAUACAGCGAACUAAGACACCACACCAUGGGUCAAGUGCUUGCUUACAAGAGGUUAAAAACAAUAGAAAACUAUAAAACUGUCAGGCUGAUAAGUAGUCGUGGUCACUUACUAGAGGUGUUCGUUUACAAGAGGUUCUGAUCUAGGGAUUUGACUGGGAAAAAUUUGGUGUUUUGGAUAGAUGGUUGUUUUAUGGGAGGUGGUCGCUUACAAGACAAGUGGUGGUGACACACAGAAGUUCAACCGUAUAGAGAAUUUGCUGAAAGAUCAAGACAUUUUUUUUUUCUUAGCAGCCAUGUUCUCAUGAUGUCUAUGUUUGACCGCAUGUGAGCAGUGGUAUUACAGCCAAACCCCUAUUACAUGGCUCCCCUCAGCAAAGGGAAAAGUGGUCACAGGACUUUGGUUACUGGAAGCUUAAUAGCGGCUCAUUCACUGCUUAACCCUGCAAUAGACUAGCACCCCCUAAGGGUUAGCAGUACACCUAAAACUAGGUGUUUUGCGCUACUAAAUUGGGAUUAAACUUCUGACCCCAGUUGUUGAAAAGGUGGAUAACAUUUUCCACAGGAAAAAACGCUAUCCCAUGGAUAACGAAAUUGGUUUCCCUAAUACUUAUCUGCUGGAUAGUGAUUUAUCUGGUGGAUAGCUCUAUCCAAUGUUUGAACAACCGGGUCCAGAAGUAUUGGCUUCAUUGACACAAAGCUCACUUUAACCUUUUUUACUUGAGACUGUAAACAUUGGUUAUUAAAUUGUUUUUUUGUAUUUCUUCAGGUUUUCAACGUCCACUCUAUCUCCUUACUAAGUCUCCUCAAGACCAAGAAGUAUCAUUAGAGGAAUUUUACUAGUAUGAAAGUACCAAGACUAGAAUUUAAGUAAGCAUGACAGCGAGCGCAUGACAAGCAGGGCAUGUGAGCAAACAAAACAACGCCUCUACAUGCGAUUAUUACAAUUGUAGUAGAUUUCUCUAACAAUCUAUGCAGACACCAACACUGACAACAAAUUAACCUUACUAAUAGUUAACAGGUUUCAUGGAGAACAUGAAAGACGUAAAACUAAGUGUGAACUAGAGAACAUCUAAGGUUAUUUGCUUGAAAGUCAUAAACAAAUUAUUAGAAUUAAAAGUAACUCAAAAGAAAUGG